ACCAUCACACAUUGCCGCGUCUUGCCAUUUCCUCCCACUCCACUGUCGGAACCAAAACCCUAAUCCUAAAGCUCUUCCCCCGUCCCGCCUCCAUGUCCUCUCCGCCGCCGCCGGCCGACAUCGCCUCGCCGUCUCCCACCACCGAUAGGAAGAAGAAAAAGAAGAAGAAAAGCAAGGACGAGAACAUUCUUCCGUCUCCCUCCGCUGGCGGCCCCGGAGAAGACCAGGAUAAGGACUACUUCAUCAAACCUCAGUCCCUUACCCCGGCCGUUGACACCUCGUCGUGGCCGAUCCUCCUCAAGAACUACGAUCGCCUCAAUGUCCGCACCGGCCAUUACACGCCGCUCCCCGCCGGGCACUCCCCCCUGAAGAGGCCCCUACCGGAGUACCUUCGCUACGGCAUCCUCAACCUCGACAAGCCCUCCAAUCCCUCCUCCCACGAGGUCGUCGCCUGGAUCAAGCGCAUCCUCCGCGCUGAGAAGACCGGCCACAGCGGCACCCUCGACCCCAAGGUCACCGGCAACCUCAUCGUCUGCAUCGACCGCGCCACCCGCCUCGUCAAGUCCCAGCAGGGCGCCGGCAAGGAGUACGUCUGCGUUGCCCGCCUCCACUCUGCCGUCCCUGAUGUCGCCAAGGUCGCCCGGGCGCUCGAGACCCUCACCGGUGCGGUGUUCCAGCGUCCCCCGCUUAUCUCUGCCGUCAAGCGCGAGCUCCGCAUUCGGACCAUCUACGAGAGCAAGCUGCUCGAGUACGACCCCGACAGGCACCUGGUCGUCUUCUGGAUUUCCUGCCAGGCCGGGACCUAUGUCCGUACCCUCUGUGUCCAUCUCGGCCUGAUCCUUGGGGUCGGUGGGCAUAUGCAGGAACUGCGGCGGGUCCGCUCAGGGAUUCUUGGCGAGAAGGAUAAUAUGGUGACGAUGCACGAUGUGUUGGAUGCACAAUGGAUGCAUGACAAUUUCAAGGACGAGAGCUACUUGAGGCGGGUGGUGAUGCCAUUGGAGGUGCUGCUCACUAGCUACAAGAGGCUGGUUGUUAAGGAUUCCGCUGUGAAUGCUAUUUGUUAUGGCGCAAAGCUGAUGAUUCCUGGACUGUUGAGGUUUGAGAAUGAUAUAGAGGUUGGAGAGGAGGUUGUGCUGAUGACUACAAAAGGAGAAGCUAUCGCUCUGGGAAUUGCUGAGAUGACAACGGCUGUGAUGGCAACGUGUGAUCAUGGAUCAGUUACAAGAAUAAAGAGAGUGGUGAUGGAUAGAGAUACCUACCCUAGGAAGUGGGGCCUUGGACCAAGAGCAUUGGCGAAGAAAAAGAUGAUUGCGGGUGGCCUGCUGGACAAGCAUGGGAAGCCAAAUGAGAAGACACCAGCCGAGUGGCUCAGGAAUUUGGUGCUACCGACUGGUGGAGAUUCGAUGGUGGCCAGCCUUGCAGCAGCACCGGAAUCGGUGGCACCAAAGGAUGAGGUAGCAGCUGAAGAAGUGAAGGUAGAUAAGAAAAAGAAGAAGAAACACAAAGACAAAGAUGGUGGUUGCGAUGAUGAAGAUGGUGGUGAAGGGCGGAAGCGCAAAUUGGAGGAUGCCAGAGAAGUACCUGCUGCUAAGAAGGUAAAGAUUGAAAAACCUCAGGAUGUUAUCCUGGAUGCUGAAUCGAAGAAGUUGGAGGAUGUGGAGGAAGUUGAGCAAGCACAAGAUGAGGAGAAGAGUGAGAAGAAGAAAAAGAAAAAAAAGAAGGUUAAAGAGGGAGAAGAAGCAGAAUUAGCUGAUGGAGAGAAGGUAGUAGAGAAAGAAAAGAAGAAAAAGAAGAGUAGUAAAAACAAAAGUGAAGCAGGUUCUUCUGAUGAAGAGCAGUUAACAGAGGAAAAAAAGAAAAAGAAGAAGAGGAGCAAAGAGGACAAUAAUGGUGAAGAAACUGAACUUCCUCUCAGCUUAACUGGUGACACUGAAGAGGUAAAGACAAGUAAGAAGGAGAAAAAGAAAAAGAAGAACCGUGAUGCAGAGGGAACAACAGCAUGAGUAAGCGGAUCAUAUCUUUUGAGGAUGCCACCAUAUAACAGUUUAUUUAAACUGUUUCUGGUUACCCAAUUUGGGUUAUAAUAUCUGCAUUUCUGUUUUUCAUUUCUGCAAACUAGAGUAAUUUAUGAUGCAGGAAAAAAUUAAUGCCUAGUUCUUUCGGUUGGUAUUUAUGUGCCUUUCUUUAUUUUCAAGAUUAUGUACUGGAGACUAGUUGUAUUUGUCAGGAGGAUAUGCCUAGAGCAUCUAUUUACUGAGGACUUCUAGUUGUGAUUGUAAUCUUUGUCAUCAAUCACCAACUCCUUUUAUUGUUACACUUGGGACAAAUAAAACAUUAAUGCCAUGUUUUGGAUUCAUGGACAUUAUGUUA